GCGCUACGCAGAGCGGCGGUUGGCGGCGGCGGUCCAUCGGCGGAGCAGCGACGCGCCUGGGGACCGGGAGGUGCCGGGUGAGCCCGGUUGUGCUACCGCAGCAUGUCGGAGGGCGAGUCCAAGCAGGUGCCGAGCAGUGGCUCCGACUCCAAGUCGGAGUCGGCGUCGUCCGGCCCGGGAAUGACCUCAGUUUCUGCGCCGGUGACUUCUGCGGCGCCCCCGGAGGAGGAGGAGGAGGAGGAAGAGGAGAGCGAGGACGAAUCCGAGAUUCUCGAGGAGUCGCCGUGCGGACGCUGGCAGAAACGGCGUGAGGAGGUGAAUCAGCGCAAUGUUCCAGGGAUUGACAGUGCCUACCUGGCCAUGGACACAGAGGAGGGUGUGGAGGUUGUUUGGAAUGAGGUUCAGUUUUCUGAACGGAAGAACUUUAAGCUUCAGGAAGAAAAAGUCAAAGCAGUGUUUGACAACUUGAUUCAGCUGGAACAUCUGAACAUUGUGAAGUUUCAUAAGUACUGGGCUGAUGUGAAAGAAAAUAAGGCCAGGGUCAUCUUCAUUACUGAGUACAUGUCUUCAGGGAGCUUGAAGCAGUUCCUCAAGAAGACAAAGAAAAACCACAAAACGAUGAAUGAAAAGGCUUGGAAGCGAUGGUGCACCCAGAUCCUCUCUGCACUCAGCUACCUCCACUCCUGUGAUCCCCCAAUCAUCCAUGGUAACCUGACCUGUGACACCAUCUUCAUUCAGCACAAUGGACUGAUCAAAAUUGGAUCAGUCUUUCAUAGGAUAUUUGCUAAUGUGGCACCGGACACGAUCAACAACCACGUGAAGACCUGUCGUGAGGAGCAGAAGAACCUGCACUUCUUUGCCCCGGAAUAUGGAGAAGUUGCCAAUGUCACUACUGCUGUGGACAUUUACUCCUUUGGGAUGUGUGCACUGGAGAUGGCAGUGCUGGAGAUCCAGGGUAAUGGCGAGUCGUCCUAUGUGCCGCAGGAGGCCAUCAACAGUGCCAUCCAGCUGCUGGAGGACCCCUUGCAGAGGGAGUUCAUCCAGAAGUGUCUAGAGCAGGACCCUGGCAAGCGUCCCACUGCCCGGGAGCUCCUCUUUCACCAGGCAUUGUUUGAGGUGCCAUCCUUAAAGCUGCUGGCUGCUCACUGUAUCGUUGGACAUCAGCACAUGAUUCCUGAAAAUGCUUUAGAAGAAAUGACCAAAAACCUGGACAUGAGUGCAGUGCUGGCAGAGAUAAAUCACGUGGACCGGGAAGGAGUCAAGAUGAUCUUCUCACAGUCUCCAGCACUGGAGCUGGACAAGUUCUUGGAGGAUGUAAGGAAUGGUAUCUACCCGCUCACCGCUUUCGGGAUGCCGCGUCCCCAGCAGCCCCAGCAGGUCGUGGUGAAGUCUCCCAUCGCUCCACCGUCCGUGAAAACCCCAACCCCAGAGCCUGCUGAGGUGGAGACCCGCAAGGUGGUGCUGAUGCAGUGCAACAUUGAGUCCGUGGAGGAGGGUGUAAAGCACCACUUAACACUGCUGCUGAAACUGGAAGACAAGUUGAAUCGACACUUGAGCUGUGACCUGCAGCCCAAUGACAACAUCCAGGAGCUGGCAGCUGAACUGGUCCAACUUGGGUUCAUCAGUGAGGCUGACCAGAGCAGACUUACCUGUUUACUUGAAGAGGCGUUCAGCAAGUUCUACUACACCCGGAACGGAGCACUGACGGCAGUGACUGUGUCAUCUUAGCAGCCCCCAGGCAGCCAGCACGGCAGCUCUCUGGCCCGUGACCCCCUUCUGUGUCUGUCCAUCAGCGUAGGGCAUCGGCGAGACCCCAGCUGCAGUGCUCGGAAGCUCACCCUGCAUGUGCCGUGGCUGGGCCCAGCGACAAUCCUCCCUGCCGCCCGUUCCAGGGGACUUCGCGCAUCAGUAUUAUCUCCAGCCCUCUUUCCAUUGGGAUUUUGCCCGGUGGUACCUGCAGAGCCAGGUCCUGGCCUGGGGGGUUCCACGGCCCCCUUCAUGUGCAUGGAGUUUGUUCUGUUUGAAUUGUACAGUGUCUUUUGCACAGCACAGAAAUGUUUUGGGUUUUUUUUUUUUUCCUUUGGUUCUUUUUUUGUUUGUUUGUUUAUUUUUUUCUUCUUCUUUUUUUUUUUUUUUGUUUUGUUUGGGUUUUGUUGUUGUGGUUUGGGUUUGGUUUUUUUAAUUUAAAGGUAAACGGGGUGAGCCUCAAACCCUGCUGCCCAUUCUGCCCUCCACUUUACACCUGCCUCUGGCACCAGUCCCCUCACGUCCUGGGCAGGGGCAGCUGGGCUGGGGGCCGGGCUCCCCUGCCCCUGCCCGGCGCUUCUCCUCUUCGCUCUGUUGGCUGCACUUUGUUUACUGGUUUUGCGCGGCCGCUUGGCCUUGCGCUGUGCGGGGCUGCGGCCCCUGCAGCCUCCCGGAGCUCUGAAUCCCGCUGCACCCGGACGGCUGCGAGCUCCCCCGGGGCCGCGGGGGCUGUCCCGAUUCUCGAUGGCAGCGCUGGGACCUGUCCCUGUCCCUGUCCCUGCUCCACCCGCCCCGUUCUCGCCCCGGGGUGCUGGGCCUGCGGCUCCGCCCCUGCAUCUCAUUUCUAUCAUUUCCUAUUUUUAAUAAACUGGUUUGUAAAUA